UUUUUUUUUUUUUUUUUUUUUUUUUUGUAUGUGUGUGUUUGGUAUUGCUUACUCGAUGCACUAGAAAUGGUUUUCGAGAAGAAUUAGGCGUCCUCAUGUUGAAAUUGAGAUCUAUAUUUCUGAUGAAAUUGAUGCAUUUUAAUAAGCAUGUUCGUCCUCAAUUUUUUUUAGAAAGGACGUAUCACUGUGUUCCUAUCCUGUCGUAUCCAUGUUUAGUAUUGUAUUGUGACAUCCCAUUUCUGUUGGAGAGGAAAACAAAACGUUCCUUAUAAGUGUAUGGAAGUCCCUACCUACUAGUUGCAUUUUAGAACCGUGAGGCUAAUGACGAAGCGUAACAGACCAAAACAGACAAUAUCUGCUAGCAAUGGGCUUGAAUUGUUACAAAUGGUAUUAGAGUCAGACACCAGGUAGAGUACCGACAAGGAUGUAGGGCCCUUAAGGGAAUGAAUUGUGAGAUCUCGAUGGUUGGUGUGCUAGUGAGGAUGCUGACCCCCAAAAAAGAUGGAUUGUGUGAGAUCUUGAUGGCCCUCAAUGUGAUGAAUGGUGAGAUCUCACAUUGAUUGAAGAAGGGAACGAAGCUUAUAAGAGUGUGCAAUGGGUCAAAGCAGACCAAUAGGUGUAUUGUACAAAUAAAAGCAAAUAGCAAGAGAAAUAAGUAUUCUCUACCUUUUUAUGACUCUAUUGAGUUGAUUAAGGAGUAGAAGAAGCAGCCUACUGUAGAGACGUCCACAAGGUGGGGCGGGGACUGGUGAGCGGGAUGAGAAUUUGACAGGGUUGGAGACGAGGACUAAGAAUAUAAUCUCCGUCUCCGGUCUCCGGUCUCCGGUCUCAUUGAAGAAAAACCUCUCCAUAUUAUUUUCCCCAUUCUUAGUUAAAAUGGAGAUUUGCCAUGUUUUUGCUUUCUUCACUCUCGAGUACUCAGGGUGCACAAGCUGUGGGAAUGGGAAAGGAAUCUCAAAGCGUUCCUGCUGCAGCUGACUUGUUCAAGACAGCUAAUGAUAUUUUAGGGUUUGAUCUUCUUAAUGUCUGCACUAAUGGGCCAAAGGAAAAACUAGAUUCAGCUAUUAUCAGUCAGCCAGCAAUCUACGUCACAAGUCUAGCUGCAGUUGAGCUACUUCGUGCUCGUGAUGGAGGCCAACAAAUAAUUGACUCUGUUGAUGUCACUUGUGGUCUAAGCUUGGGCGAGUACGCCGCAUUAACGUUUGCAGGGGCUUUCAGCUUUGAGGAUGGACUCAGGCUGGUCAAGUUAAGGGGGGAGGCAAUGCAGGCAGCUGCUGAUGGUGUACAAUGUGGCAUGGUGAGUAUCAUAGGAUUGGACUCAGACAAGGUUCAGCAGCUCUGUGAUUCAGCUAACCAAGAAGUCGAUGAAGCCAGCCGAGUUCAGAUAGCCAAUUUCCUCUGUCCUGGACAUUAUGUUGUAUCAGGAGGUCUAAAAGGAGUAGAAGUUGUUGAAGCUAAGGCUAAGUCAUUCAAAGCUCGAAAGACGGUUCGGCUAGCUGUGUCGGGGGCGCCCCAUACUAGCUUCAUGGAACCUGCUGUCUCGAGAUUAGAAGCUGCACUUGCUGCUACUGAUAUCAGAACCCCCAGAAUACCAAUAAUCUCCAAUGUUGAUGCACAGCCCCACGCAGAUCCUGACACAAUGAAGAAACUAUUGGCACGCCAUGUGACUUGUCCUGUUCAGUGGGAAACAACACUGAAAACUCUUCUCAACAAGGGGCUGAAAAAGAGCUAUGAAUUGGGUCCUGGAAAGAUUAUAGCUGGGAUUGUGAAGAGAAUGGAUAAAAGUGCCGAUAUUGAGAAUAUUGGAGCUUGAUGAUGUCUGCAUCAAUGCCCUGUGUGUUCAGCUGCUUGUUCUAUUAUUGCUGCAAGUUUCUGAGCAGUGCAUGAGAUUAAUCUUUAUGUAUUUGAAGUUUUCCAUUAGUAAUAAUAUGCAAAAUAUGUUGAAAUUUGAGUUCAA